AUGCUAACUUACCCAGAUCGACAGAAGUUCGAGCAGAUCCGAGCUCGGUGGGAGGCGGUGCGGCUAGGUGAGGAUACACCAGCAGAAAUGGUGGGCUGGAGAGAGAAGUCGGUGCCUCAGCAGCCAGUGAGCAGCGAACCUCAAGAGAACGGCAGCAGUCGGUUCCGAAGGAAGCUCAGCCAUGGACUCGCUUUCAUUUCCAACCCUCUCUCGCAGCGAAAGACGACUCCCGGACGUCACCAGGCGAAUGUGCCCUUACUAGCUACCACUGAACCGUCCACAACCGACCUCACAACUGCGACCCCUUCGUGCGAGACUUUGCACUCAUCAACGCAUGAAUCUACGACACCCGCCCGCUCCAACGACUCACCAACGGAGCCUACCACGCUCGCCGCCAACGACACAUCAUCCAAGAGUGUUGAUGCCGACGCGACUCCUAAGCCACUCCCGCGAUCGCGCACACUGAGCUUUAUUCCACUUCCGGUUAGGACAGAACAAGAAUCGUUCUCAGCAGACGUCGAGGGCGCUGUCAAGUCCCAGUCGUUCACCGCAAUGCCUCAGCCAAAACCCGACUGCGCACCUUCGAAGAUUCCCACUCCCAGUCCACCGUUGCCUGAAAGACGCCAGUCCAGCCCCCGUCAGUACCUUCAUCAUCAUGCAUCCUAUCAUGCUGCACAACAGAUCAAACAAAUUGCAGCAGCUCAUGCCGCUGCCGCCAGCAAUGGCUCUCCUGUGAGACCCCAGCAGCCGCUGCGAUCACGCACGACACCGAAUUUUGUCAAUGGACCCCAAGUGUCACAGCCAGCUAGGUAUAUGGCCCCGAGACGGCCAGGACCGAAGAGACCCGCCCCGUCCCCAAUGGCACAAAAGCCAUUCCUGCAAGAGAAUUUCCCAAUCGACAAACGCGUUACACAUAGAAGGUCACAGAUCCAGGAGGUAACAUUGAAGCGGGAAUCACUUGCAGUACCUGGAGCAUUGAAUGGCAGAAGGUCUUUUGGACCAAGUUCUUCGCUUGCACAGAAUAGAAGUCAUAGCUUCGCGACUCCGCCAACUACAAGACGAUUGACCUCUCACCUCGUGCAGCGGACGCCAGUCACUGUGAAGCGAAUCCAGCCUCAGGGACAGUAUAAAACGCAGGGACCAGACAUAUCUCCGAAGACAAACCGUAGCCCUAUGGUGCAGCCUCGCCGUACAGGCCCUCCUGCGGCGUCAACUCCCCCGACAGUUGAUGUCCCAAUGCCGCCUACUUUACCUCGAUCACAUACGGAUAGAGACCUACAAAGGAAGACCCUGGGAACACCGAAUGGUCUGGGUGGUGUUUGGCGGUCUUCUCGCGCACUGGCAAUGACAACACAUGAGGUGAGCAGGCUCCCACGCUCCCAUACCUUCCACAGUUUGGAGACUCAGCGGGAACUCGCUCCGCCUGUACCUCGCAUACCAGAUCGGUACAGAACUCCAUCUUUGUCGGACAUGACCCAGCGACUGCGCAUUCGUUCAGAUAUGCCCAUCAAGCCUCGCCAUACUAGGAUCGUAUCAGAUGCAACCUCAUGCGCAUCAAUUCCUGAGACCGAUGAAGAAGCACAUAAUAUGCACAAACCCCAUGUAACUGGUCAAAUGCCGACGUCCAUGGACCCUGCUGAAUCCACGAUCAGCCUCACAGCAUUCCCUCCGGUACCAAUUUCGCUCCCAUCAUUCACUUCUCCAUGCGCUGUAGGAAAUGGCCAUUUCUGCAUGGAGCAUUCAAUUCCAGGACUACGGAGUUUAGACCGUGCUGACAUUAGUGUUUUCCAGGUCAAGGAUUACAUGCCGCCGCUCUACUGGGCAGGUCGAUUCACGUCACGCUACGAUCAAUGGCGUACUGAUGCAAUGAUAAGAGAACUGGACUUGAAUUCGGAUCACCAGACAUCAGGCCCUCUGAGUGAGUGCAAGCUGAGCGAGGAGAAGCUUGCUAAGUGCUACAUCUUCGGCCAACUGCGCGAUCUGUGCACUUCGGAUCAAGCAGCAGACAGUCUUUGGGAGUUUGAGUACAAAUAUCGGAAGGACCACAGGAUGCUCGGCAACCAUCUCGAUCUUCUACCUCUGCCAUCUCGUAAGCAAGACGACAAUACGACUUCCAUGGGAGUUGGGGCGUUUGGACGUGCUAUGAGGAAACUGACUCCGCGCAAGGCUAGCCUUGUAAACCUAAUAAAGGGUAAAGGCUGGAACAAAUCCGAUGAGACAAAGAACACCAAUCUAUCCGACCACGACCAAGAGACGUCUUCGGAAGAGUCAUAG